AUGAUUAAUUGGAAUGAAAGAGGGGUGGAAUCUCCGUAUCAAAAGAUUUGCUGGGAGCUUUUAAGAAUUUACGAGGAAUCGCUUCCCUUGGGUGAUUAUUCACAUGAAACCAUAACAUCUUUAAUUUCUUCUGAAUUGCUAGCCCUACAAGAUGAGUUUGGAAGAUUUGGUGUCUCUGAUUCAAGGGUUCAUCAACAGCCUCUACAAGAUAAUCAUCAAUUUCCCCUGAACAGUGGGGAUCAAGGUAUGAACAAUCGUGAGAACUGGUUUCCUUCAGAUUCUCAGCCAAAAACUAGACGAGAACUGAGUAGGUCUGAUGCUCCUAAGCCAUAUAACUACGAUUUUCAUGAAGGUAAUACUCGUGGUAGUGGUAGUGCCAUGGGUUCUCAAUAUACUUCCUUGAAUGGAAAUUUUGGAGACGUUUCUUUUACCCCAAGUAAUCCUUUCUAUGACCACCCUUGGAGUUAUGUAUUUGGUUAUAAUAAAAUCCACACUAAUCAUGAUACUAUCUUAUCAUGUGCUAAAGACCGUUUAGAGUCUCGUGUGUUGCAAGAUGUGAUUGCCAAGGGUUCAAAGGAGACAGUUGAUGAGAUAUUUGAUAAUUUGAUCUCACAUGUAUGUGAACUGAUGAUUGACCCUUUUGGCCAUCAAGUCUUUCAAAAGCUUCUAGAGAAAUGCACCGUUGAACAGAUUACUCGGGUUUUGGAUACACUCACUCAACAACCUCAUCAGUUUGUUCGGGUUUGUGUCGAUUCACACGGAUCCCAUGCAAUACAAGCUUUGAUGCAAAAUCUUUGUUCUAUAGAGCAAAUAUCUCGGUUCAUGGCUACUCUAUGCCAUGUUGCACUUCGAUUAACCAAGAAUGUUAAUUCUAAUGUGAUUAUGUUUUGCCUCAACCAACUCUCUCCUUCACAUAGCAAAUAUCUUAUGGGAGUGAUUGUUCAACACUGUUACGAAAUUGCAACUGAUCAACAUGGAUAUUUUUUGAUUAAACAAUGCAUUGGACAAUGCUCUCGAGAGCUAAGAGACAUUUUGAUUAAGGAGAUAAUCACUAAUGCUUUGAGACUAUGCAUGAAUUGUUACGGAAACUACUUGGUGCAAUAUGUGUUGGAGUUGGAAGAUUAUCAGGUGGCAAGGGCUCUCUCAAAACAUCUUGAUGGAAACUACGUGCAACUCUCUUAUGACAAGUAUGGGAGUCAUGCGGUGCAUAAGUGUUUGAAAAGCAGAGAGUUUUGCUCUAGGAGGAUCAUAACGGAGUUGUUAAGUGACAUUGAUUCACUUCUUGUAAAUCCUUUUGGGAAUUAUGUGAUUCAGACAGCGUGGAUUGUAUCCCAGGAUGAUGUGCAAAACGUUUUGUUGUACCAUAUAAACAGAAAUGUUCCGUUCAUGAAGUGCAACAGAUAUGGGAGAAAAGUACUAGAGAAACUCAAUCUUAGGACGUAG